ACAGUAUAGCUACCCUGCCUCUCCCCACCCAUCUGAAUGGGCUUUCUCAAGGCCAUCCCUCAAUUUGUAACCGACUCCCCAGAAUUCCAGCUUCCCCUCUGAAGGGGACACUACCACUCCCAAUGGUCUCCCCCCCCCCAUUCCCAAUGGGUUCUUCUAAACGAGUCACUCCCAAACCCAGCGGCCUACACCCCCCCCCCAUCCCAAUGGUCUCUCACUUCCAAUCCUAGUGGGCUCGCCCAAACAGCUCUCCCGCCCAAACCCAGUGGGCUCUUCCAAGCAGGUUACUCUCCCCCAAUGGUCUGUCGCACGCUCUUCUCGGUUGGUUUGGCCUAGAGCUGUCCCCGAGCCGCGCGUUAGAAGAGCAAGCGCCCCCGCCUCAGAACCCCUCGAGGAUGAAGCCCCGUUCUGGCCGGGAGCGCAUGCAAAUAGUUUACGUGAACAGCUUCGGCACCCACCGCUGCGGCUCCGUGAUCCAAUAUGGCGGCGGCCACAGGCGCCGUGAGGAGAAGGCCGCCACUUCCGGUGUCGUUGACAGAGAUAUGUCUUCUACUUCCGCUUUGAGCCGGAGACGGGGGGUGCUGAGGGGCGAGGCGGGUGCGGUUCCCAGGGAAGGUGGCGGAAGCCCCUGGUUCCCAAUCCCGCCUGGCACCGGUCCGGGAAGAGCUGCGUCGUGUGCUGCCGCCCAGGGACCAAGCCAGGGUGCCCAGGCAGGGGGAGCCCCCAGUCUCCGGGAGAGCGGGCCGGGGCUGCGGGGCACACAGAGCAGAGCCGGCGGCUGCGCGCAGGCACCUGGCAGCCCUGCCCUCGCACCCCGCGCCAGCCAGCGAUACGGUGGGCUUCAAAUGAAUCAGGCUGAUAACUUUGGAUUCCCUUUCACUUCUAAAGUUGUUAAUAAAGUAAUAAAACGGAAAAAGGAAAAGUCUGAAGUCUUUCGUGGAGUGUUGAAAGUAAUUUCAAAAAUGCUUGAAGAAAAUGAAAAAUUUAGAGGCAGACUGUUGACUUGCCGUCAGUUUAAUACUGAAGGCAGUAAUAUGAACCAAAGCUCACAGAAUGAGGCUUCCUGCAUGGACGGAGAUGAGUCCAUCUUUGGAUGGGUGUAGCAAAGAAGUAAAUGAAGAUUCAGUUUCAAGUGUUGCAUUGAAUUAGUGUUCAUUUUAGAUCUGAUCUAACAUCCAUCUGACAUUAAUGAAAAGACUGACAAUGAUUUCAGUGAGUGUUGGAUCAGAGUAUAUAGUUUGUCUAGUAUUUUAGCUAGGAGAGCUACAUUUUAAUAUGGGUUCAGUUAAACUUUUCAGUUACAGAGUAUUGUUUUGUUGAAAUCCUUAUUAAGCAUAAUAUAUCACUUAGUCAUUGUUCAUUUUUGCAGGCUUUUUAAUGAACAUUAGUGUGAUGGUUUGCAUUCAAAAGAAUAGUAAUAUUUUAUGUUAAUUAUAUUAUGAAUAUAUAUAUAUAUUGCAUAAUCAACAGCUUGUCAGAAUUGUUAACAAACGUGUUUAGUAAAAUAAAAUUUCAUACAUGAUAUCUGUCUAAAAUGAAUGAACCACUUGCAUUCUAUUGAUUUAAAUAUUUUUAUGAUAUUAUAUUAAAAUAACAUACAAUCACCCUUCUUUUCAUUCAUCCAUUAAUACACGAACCUCAGCAAUUAUUUCAAAUAAGAAUCCAGGUGAAUCCUCUCAGCCUCAUCAUUCAUCAUCAACCACAUAAAUGUAUUGUUUAUCUGGGUGUCCUUAAUUGUAACAUGAGGUGAUUUUCCUGUGUUAUAGAACCUUAAACUUGGAGUUUUGAUUGACUAGUGAAGCCUUUUUAAUUGGUGAAUUGUGUAAAUGGAACAAGGAGAUUGCAAAAAUAAUUUUUCUGUAUAUGUAUUUCCUCUCUAUAGAUAAAACAUUUAUCUGUUGUUCUUAGACCUUUCUUGUUCUUAUGAAAGAACAGUUUUUCAUUUCAAAAUGUCUCAGCAUUUGCAGAUAUAAUGACUAGAAUUUCAGCAGCACUGAGCUUAAUAGCAUGCUAGUGGUUGUAUCAUCAAGCAGCAAAGCACUUGGGAGGGUUUAAGCUCAGUUUUCCUAAUGAUAAACUGCAAGUAAAUAACUAGACUGUAUCUUUUUGAUUGAGUACUCUGGCAUUAAAGUUCUCAUUAUGAACAGUGAUUUCUUGUAGAAAAAUAUUUUAAUGUUACUCAAAAUAGUUGACAUUUCAGCUUGGGGAAAGAAAAAUAUUCAGAUGAGCACAUCAUCAUUUUUUCAGGAAGAGUAAAAGUUUGUAAGUCCUUUGAUAUUUGCUAAUUACGCAUUGGUGUUGUAGCUGUGUCGAUCCCAGGAUAUUAGAGAGAGACAAGGUUGGUGAGGUAAUACCUUUUAUUG